AAGGGCCGCCUUCAAUAAUAAUAUACAGAUUAAACACUCUUGAGGGUGUUUGGUGUAUAUAGUUUUGUGAAGUCGGUCUGGAAAUGGGGGAUUAUGAGGAAGGAAACGAUGAAGUUGAAAGACACAGGAGAUUGAGAAAGCAGCUCGCAGUUGCCGUAAGAAGUGUGCAAUGGAGCUAUGCGAUCUUCUGGUGCUCUUCACCCACUCAACACGGGGUUUUGGAGUGGGGUGAAGGGUAUUACAACGGGGGCAUGAAGAAGAGGAAGAAGAGUUAUGAUGAAGAGAUGGAUGAUGAAUUCAAGGCUCGCUGUAAAUACGGGCUGCUAAGAAGCAAACAGCUCAGGCAGCUUUAUCUCUGUAUGCUCGAAGGAGACACAACACCGACUGCUGACUACGGCACGAUCUUGUCGCCGGAAGAUCUCACGGAUGAAGAGUGGUAUUACUUGCUCUGCAUGUCCUAUGCCUUCUCUCUCGGCCAAGGCUUGCCAGGCAUAAGUUUGGCAACUGGCGAGACCAUCUGGCUUUGCAACGCCCAGUACGCGGAGAGCAAACUCUUCACCCGAUCUUUACUAGCAAGAAGCGCCUCGAUUCAGACCGUUGUGUGUUUUCCCUUCUCAGGCGGUGUCAUUGAACUGGGCGCCACAGAUUUGACUGCGGAAGAUCACAAUCUGCUUCAGCAUGUCAAAGCUUGCUUCUUAGACACCUCCAAACCACACUGCUUUCCAGAAGACUUCUCCGCCGGCCAAAACACUAACAGCGACGAUGAUCACAACCGAACCGGGUUUUGGAUCAGCCAAGAGAAUUUUCAUCAGCUCGGGGAUCAUUCAGAGAGGGAUCGUCAGGUUACACUGGAUUUGGGGUCUGAAGAAGACAUGCAUUAUAGACGAACGGUUUCCACCCUUCUUAGAUACGCUGCAUGUAGAAGAAACAAACCUCAGCAUCGCCCCCUGAAUCUCCCUUCUUCUGAUUCUAGUUCGAGUUUCUUGCGUUGGAAGCGACGUGGAACCUCAAAUGUGAAACGUCAGCGGCAGCCUCAGCAUCCACAGAAUGGGUUGCGGAAGAUCUUGUACAAUGUCCCUUUGAUGCAUUAUAAUGAUGAUACGCAGCGAACAUUUGAGAGGGAAACCUUCGUUCAGAAUGAGGAAAUCCCGAUCGAGUACGGCGAUUCUUCGGACCGAAGAAGAGAGAACGAGAAAUUCCGGCUGCUUGGAUCCUCAAAUGUGAACCGUCAGCGGCAGCCUCAGCAUCCACAGAAUGUGUUGCGGAAGAUCUUGUACAAUGUCCCUUUGAUGCAUUAUAAUGAUGAUACGCAGCGAACAUUUGAGAGGGAAACCUUCGUUCAGAAUGAGGAAAUCCCGAUCGAGUACGGCGAUUCUUCGGACCGAAGAAGAGAGAACGAGAAAUUCCGGCUGCUUGGAUCGAUGGUUCCCACGGUAGACGAGGUGGACAAAGAAUCGAUCCUGAACAACACGAUAAAGUACCUGUGGGAGCUAGAGGCAAGAGUAGAAGAGCUAGAGUCGUGCAUGGGGUCGGUGGAUUUCGUGGAAAGACAGAGAAAGACGAGCAUUGAUCCAUCUGCGUUGAUCGAAGGGACAUCAGAUAACUACGAGAGCACGAACCUCGUUGUUAAUUACAGCACCCCAGGAACGGCGAGAGAGCAUUCAGAAGUCAGAGUUAAGGUCAAGGAAACAGAAGUUGUGAUCGAAAUCAGAUGCCCUUAUAGAGAAUACAUCGUGGCUGAUAUCAUGGAAGCUAUAAGCAAUCUUCACAUGGAUGCUUUCUCCGUCCGCUCUCACACACUUGACGGCUCCCUUGUGUUGAAUCUCAAGGCCAAGUUCCGUGAGGCUGCAGUUGCCUCGGUCGGAAUGAUCAAAAGAGAGCUCAAGAGAGUUGCGGGUGAGUUUUAGAGCAACUAUGCGAUUGUUUCAUCUUUAGAAUGUCAGAAAGAAAGACGAUGUUU